AUGCCAUUUUCACGCUCUCUCACAGUCGUCGGUUGCCAUGCAGAAGGUGAAGUCGGUGAUGUCAUCACUGGCGGCGUGCUCGAUGUGCCUGGAAAAACAAUGUUCGAAAAGCUCGUUCACAUGUCGACCAAGAAAGAUCAUAUCCGUCAACUUCUUCUCAAUGAGCCCCGAGGCCGAGCAUCGAUGAAUACAAACCUUGUUCUACCACCCUGCGACCCGAGAGCAGAUGCUGGGUUCCUGAUCAUGGAAAGUGAGGAGUACGCACCAAUGUCUGGAUCAAACAUCAUCUGCACAACAACUGUACUUCUGGAAACAGGCAUGAUCCCCAUGAAGGAACCUAUCACAGAGGUAGCCCUGGAUACCGCUGCGGGACUGGUGCCCGUCACCGCAGAGUGCGAAGGAGGGAAAUGCAAAAAUGUUGAAUUCAACAACGUGCCAUCAUUUGUCCUCGAGCUUGAUUACAAAGUUCAAGUUCCAGGCCUUGGAGAGAUAUCAGUUGACAUCGCUUAUGGCGGCAUGAUGUACGUGUUGGUGGAUGCUGGGUCCGUAGGCUUGCAGGUCCACAACCAACAAUCUCGUCAAUUGGUAGAAAUCGGAGAGCGUAUUAAGCGGGCUGUUGAAGCUUCCUACACUCCAAUUCAUCCCGAGAACUCCGGUAUCACAGGAUUUAGUGUCCUAGCUUUUACAGAGCCUCUCAACUCAGAAGGAGACUGCAAGGUGUCUGUGAAUGCUGUGGUAGUUUCUCCGGGAAGAUUCGACCGUAGCCCCUGUGGCACUGGAACAUCCGCUAGACUAGCAGUGUUGCACGCACGUGGAGAAAUCAAGGAAGGAGAAAUUUUCAAACAUCGAAGUAUCUUGGGUACUGAAUUUAUCAGUCGUAUCCGUGGGACCACUCAGGUCGGACCCUACCAGGCUGUUCUCCCCACAGUUAAGGGUCGAGCUUGGAUUACAAGCUUCAAACAAGUUGUUCUUGACUCGACAGAUCCAUUCCCAGAGGGCUUCCGUGUGGGAGACCAAUGGCAUAUGCCACCAAACUAA